AUGUCGAACCGAUACGAGGAUGCCGUGCUAAGAGGAACGGCCCUGCUGUUGCUGGACCUGCCCCCGGCGCUCCGCAACGCCGCCCAGCCGCUGCAAAAGCUGUUCGACACGCAUUACCCCGAUAACGGAAUAACGCGCAUCUUGUUGAACACACCGCCGAUCCGCAGCACAUCUGGCGCGAAUGUCAUGGAGUGUGGGGCCGUGUUCUUUUCGUCCUCGAAAGCGCUGUGGACGAUUCUGGACCAAGUGCGAGUGCUACUGCGCACCGAGGACGGCGUGCUAGAGUUGCGGCGUGGCUACUUGACACUAGGUGUGCAUGAGGUGUUGGUGGAGGGGGUUGUGACGUGGGGCGCAGAAGGGCGACAGCGCCCCACCUCUGUUCCAAAGGCCGCCACCCCCACACUCGCGCCAGCCGUGGCGCCGUGUGCCGAGGAUGCGAAAAGCACUGCUAUGCCGGGGAGCGCGCCGACAGCGGCGCCGAAGCCAGUCUCCGUCCCGGCCACCACUUCAGCGACAGCAUCGGAAGCCGUGCGUGCACCGCGAAAUGACGAAGCGCACUCGAGUCGCGGAGAGACGGUGGGUGGUGUGGACAGUUGUGGUGAGAUUUGCCAGACGGUGGUGGUCACUUUUCUGUUCAGGGAGUUAUAUAAUCGCCACCGCGACAACAGAGAGGACUGCGCGCAUGGAAGACGGGGUGGUGUUGCGGCGAGCUUCCCUCUGUCACCGUUCAUGGUGUACCAAAUGCUGGUAGGUGAGUGUCAGCCCAGAAAAAUUGUUGUCAUCGAGUGCCAGCGCGCCGCAGCGAAGCGAGAAUGGAGGGCACUGGUGGAGCUGGAGAACGCCGAUGUGGCGGCGCAAGUGAUUCGCGUCUUCACGCGCCGCGCCGUGGAGUUUAUGAGUGAGUCGAACGCAUACAAGGUGCCGGAGCGCAGUCGCAAACCGCCGGAGAAGGGGCCGCUGCCGAUCUGCGCCGAGGUGCGCUACUAUGUGAGCUGUUCCUACAGUGUGCGCAAGGGCCAGAGCCGUUUUCUUCCAAACGGGACUCGCAACUAUCAUCGCACUGUGGCGGUGCGUCCCUUCUGCAAAACCGAGCUGGACCUUACCGAUCCGCAGAACCUGGCGAGGCUGCAGGUGAGAGCCCCGCGCGAGUGGAAACACGAUCCUCAUGCAAUAAGGCCUGCGUCUAUUCGUGAUAGCGAAUCGCCGAAUAGAGCCGACGUGUACGAGGAGGAAGGACGACCAAACGAAUCGGCGUCGCCUGCGGUGCCUUCCAAGCGUCGUCGCUUGCCGUCCCCGCGCGACAGCCAGCGGCGUUCGAGGCGGUCACCGUCGUACGCACGCAGCCGCUCCGCCUCCCGCUCCUCGUCUCGCUCGUAUUCCCCUGCCUCUUCGUCAUCGUCAGAGCGUUACCGCCGCUACCACGGUCGCCGCGUUGACCGCCGCCACGGCGAUGAGCGGUGGCACGAAGCGCGCGCGGCAGCGCCAAGGGAGCAUCAGUAUACUGAAGCAGCCGGCCCCGUUGCGGCGUUCGCCCCCGAGACGGCUGUCCGCGUCGAGGCCCAGUCAACGGCCGCGGCGAUGCAUGCGCAGACACAGCUCCAGCAGAAGACACACGUGAUGUGCAAACCUGCGUCAGCAACGCCUGCGCUGCCGGCGGUGGCCUACGACAGCCACGGCCCUCUGCCGGUCGGGUGGCGCCCCAUUUUCUCUCAAGAGUACCAGCAAACCUACUACGCCUACCGUGACCCGAACACCGGUGUGGAAACCACCACGUGGGAGCGACCUGCUACAUGA